AUGAGCGACCAGCGACCCACGCUUUCAUUGCCCGCAGCUGACGUGGCUCGUCCGUCGCGAGGCAUCCAGGGUGCUGCUGUCCUCGCGAGCCCCGCCACGACAGGUGCGGGCCACCGCGACACGGGGAGCCAGGGAAGAGGCGAAUCUUCGUCGAGUGGCGCACCAGCAGUAGCAGCAGCAGAUGGUUCGGAUAAGAGUAGAAAGUCGAGUCGAGCGGGCGCCACGGCCUCUGAGCCUAGGAGCAGCACUAGAAACGCUCAAGCGGGUCAACGGUUGCCGCUCGUUGAAGCCGCUGCUUGUGCACCGUGCGCCUCGGAGCCCAAUGCUAGUGCUACUGGACAGCAACGCGCCGAACUCGCGAGUCAGAUCGACGUGGGAUCGGAAAGCAUCAGUUGCCGCGGCAGCGCAUCGACGGCGAGCGCGGAUGCCGUCGCUGGGGGGGAUGACGUCAUACUGGCGACGGAAAAAGACAGCGGCGCGGCUACAAGUUGUAUCUGCCGCGCCAGCCGUCCCCGGCGGAAGUGCGCCCUUCCGCUUACAUCCGCGGACGAGACCCUCGUCUCCGUCUCCCCCGUCUCACUUGCAUGCCCCCCUUUGCCCCCAUGCCUUCCGCUGUUCCCCCAUGCUGCGCGCGCGCGGCAGGUGACGGGGUCCGACUACUGCUACGCCAGCCACGUCGGGUUCUUUGACGCGCCACCGUCGUGCGUCUGCGCGCGCGCGGAUUCCGCAGACGAAAUCGAGCGCGCGGAGCGGUGGGAGCGGUGGAUGGACGGCGCGAGCCUCGUGGCGCACAUCACGCCGUUCGCCAUCGUCGGGCCCUACCCUUUAUCCCCCGUUCCGCUCCCCCCUUUCCCUGCGUGGGCGCAGGUGUGCAUUCAGUUUCUAUUGGACGAGCUAUUCGGCCCGAACGUUGCGCACGUGACAAACGACGCGCUGACGGUCUUCGUCGACCUGCCGGCCAACAUGCUCGGCGCAUUCCUGCUCGGCGUUUCCGCCGUCGCUCUCCUCCCCGCGCUGCUCGCGCGCUCGCGCCACCUCGCCAUCGCCGUCGUCGUCGGGCUGUGCGGCAGCAUAUCAACGUUCGCCACGUGGAACCAGCGCAUGGUGUCCAUCGCCACAGCGGGGCUGUGGGCGCGCGCCGCCUUCGGCUAUUUCACCGGCUCCGCGAUCCCCCUCGUUUCGCUCGUCGCGGGCGUCGACGCGGGGACCGCUAUCCGCCACUCCUCCGCCAGCGCGCGCUCCUCCCCCGCCUCCUCCCUCUUGCCCCGCACGCUUCCAGGCGCAAAGCUCCCCGCGCCUGCUCCGCCAACGGAUCCUCCCCACCACCGCCGCCACAUGCUCCCGAUGCUCCUCCUCUCCGCCGCCAUGCUGCUGCUGGCGGGGCUCGGCGCGCUGCUGGUCCCCCCCACUUCGCAGAAGUGGCGCAUGCUGGCUUGCGCGUGCCUCCUCGCCCCCCUGGGCACCCACCUCCGCUUCCUCCUCCUGCGCUUUAACGGCGGUCCUUUCCCCCUCCGCCUCCCCUUCCUCCCCUGCGCCCGCUCCUCCCGCUCUGGGUCGGAAACGGCGCUGCUGGCGGAAGCGGGGGAGGGCGGGGGCGCAUGGGAGUGGACGCCGUGGGGCACGUGGAUGGCGAACGUGGGGGCGGCGGUGGUGGAAGCCGCCAUUUCCAUCCUCUACCUCAAGUACCAGAGCACGACGAGCAAGGUGGCGGUGGGGGCGAUGCAGCUGGGCUUCCUGGCGUGUCUCAGCACCGUGUCCAUGCCCUCACUAGAAGCCCUCUACCUGCACUACACGCUGCGCUCGCCCGCCAAGGCGUAUGCGUACGCGCUGCUCACCAUCGCACCCUCCUUCGCCCUCGGCCUGCUCAUCUACUCGCUGCCCUGCUGGCUCAACGGCUUUGACUCUCUCUACAAUCACGUCGGCACCUCCGUGUGA